CCCUUGCGUGAUGUCCUGAUUUCUUAGAGGCCAGCUACUGCUAGAUAGGCCUCUUGUAGUCAGUCAUCCAAGCUUAGAAGGGCCUAGGCCAAGGCAGAGCAGUAAGUUUGAGAUCGUUCCACAGCCGUAGGUUUUCUUGUACAUGUUUUGUUUCCAGAAUGGUUUCUACAGAACAACUUCUCUCGUAACAGUUAUAGAGUCCCUUGUCGUAUUUGGGUUGUAUUCAGUUCUGCCCAGAUGCCGUUUGGUGUGAAGCCAGUGUGUACUUCUUGUAAAAUUACAUCUUCUCCGAUAUGGAGAAAAGGUUCGCAAGGAGAAGUUCUUUGCAACUCGUGUGGUUUAAAACAGUUGAAUGGCGUGAACCUUAAUGCAGCAGCAGCAAAGGACAUUGGUGCUGGUGGGAAUGGGAAUGGAGGCCAUAAAAAUGGACUUCCUGCAUCAGGUGCUGGUGGAAAUGGAGGACCCGUUCUUAGGAAAAGCACAAGAAUCAAACCAGCUAAAAAGACCAUCCAGCCUUCAAACAAGAGCCUUUCAACUAAAGGAAAAGGGAGAAGAAUAAUCUUCAAGAAAAAUGCCCCGUUGAAGGCACCAGCUGCAGUUGCCACAGUCGUUACUGGUGAAAGCGUAUUCCACAAGGACCAGUACUACCAAGUAGGGGAUGUGGUGUCCCUGGUGGACCAUGACGGUGGAGUCUUUUAUGCUCAACUUCGUGGCUUCCUCUCGGACCAAUACAACGAGAAGAGUGCUGUCAUUACCUGGCUGCUCCCUACUGUGAGAUCACCUCCAAACAGAUUUGACCCCAACACUUACAUUCUAGGUCCGGAAGAAGAUCUGCCCAGGAAGAUGGAGUACAUGGAGUUUGUCUGCCACGCCCCUUCCGACUACUUCAAGGCACGUGACGCACCCUACAAAACCGUAAACCCGGAGCCCAAACUGUGCUAUAUCUGGACCUCUAUAGGGCCUGAAGUUCAAGUGACGCCCUCUAUUGACGAAAUCUUUGGCAUCAGGGACAGUUCCAGCACAGGCCAGGACAGUGGUGGUAGUAUGUUACGCAGCAGGACAGAGCGAGGCAGAGAGGGUUCGAGUCUCAGAGACAGGCAGGAGAGAGAGUCCAGUGUUAGGUGACAAAGGACGGAGGCACAUUGCAAGAUUUUGUUUAUGUUGAAGUAAAUGGGGACAUUUUUACCGCAGAUAUUGAAAUGUGUGAGUGAUGGUUGUGUGUGUGUGUGUGUGUGUGUGUGUGUGUGUGUGUGUGUGUGUGUGUGUAUGUGUGUGUGUGUGUGAAUAGUCUUAAAUCUUGUAUUAUAGAAUGGUGGUGUUUUAUGAUGAAUGGAUGGAGUGUGUGUGUUUUAAGGGUAGUUGAAUUUAUUUUUACUUGUUUUUUUUCCAAGAUGAAAGUAUAGGCUAUUUGGAAGCGUGGUUGAUCUUUGUGAAUGGAUACUAAAGAACAGCAAAGCUUUUAGUGAUCAAAAUGUUUUAUAUGAUCUUUUCCUGGUGUUCAUCUUGCUUUUGACGACAUUUUGAUUUUGAGAGAAAAAAAAUUUUCACUGCUGUCAAGAAAAGAAGGAACGUUACAGUAUUUCUUUGAUCUUGGUAUCAGUCUUUGAAGAAGAAAAUAAUUACAGCUUUUUGUCAGAAAACUUUGGGAAAUAUAACUUGAGGACACAAACAUUAUAAGUGUAUUAGUAAUGUGAAGGGCCCUGAAUUGUCCAACUUUGUAAAAAUAAAAAUCUGAAUUUUGAGUG